CCCUUCAGUCUGAGGGCUGACGCUCUAACCUCUAAGCCAAAUCAGCUUGGGAUACUUUUUUUUUUUUUUAAUAAGGUAUUAUACUUUCAUAAUUCAAAACCUGCAGAACUAUUUGCUUAGAUUUACUGGGACUUACAGUUGAAAUCAAAACCCUUUCCAUAUCUUUGGCAUUAAUUUUUGUAUUUUUUUCCAUUUCCCAGUAAUUUCUCAUGGGGGAAAACAUAAAAACAUUUUUACACUUGCAAAAUAGCCCAAACAAGUAUCUAUUUCAACCACAGCAAUAACCCUAUUUCAACCAAAACAGAUGUUUUCUUUUCAAAGCAAAUAGGUAGAUGUUUUUAAAAAAGAGAAAAGAUAAAUGAUACAAUUAGAAUUUGACUUAGAAAUGUUAGCUGGAUAUCAUAGUCUAUUUAUUAUAUGUUCUGUCACUUAAUUCUAGCUUAAUUCCCUUUCCUGGUUUAUAGGAGAUGGUCCUUUUCCUGGUUUGAUUGAUAUGUUCGGUGAUGGAGGGUUAAAUGAAUCUCGAGCGAGUCUCCUGGCUUGUCGAGGUUUUGCUACUCUGGCUUUGCCGUUUUUUGGCUAUGAAGAUCUACCUCCAAUCAUGAAGGACUUAAAUUUAGAUUACUUUGAGGAGGCAGCUAAAUUUGUGCAAAGUCAUCCAAAGGUCAAAGGUCCAAACAUUGGAGUGAUUGGCUCUGGCAAAGGGGCAGAGUUGGCGCUUUCCAUGGCUAGCUUUCUCCCAAAUAUAGCUGCGGUUGUGAGCAUCAAUGGCUGCAUCUCUAACACAGCCACUGCCCUUACAUGUGGUGGAUUAAUCCUGCCAGGACUGCCUUUUAACCUGGACAGAAUCUCUGCUACCAGUUCAGGGGUAUAUGAUGUUAAAGAAGCCCUGGAGGACCCCUUGGAUCCAGCCUAUCAGAAAAGCCGUAUCCCCCUGGAAAAAGCCAGUGCCCAUUUCCUUUUUAUCGUUGGAGAGGAUGACAGGCAUUGGAAGAGCUCUGUGUAUGCUGACAUAGCUGGGAAGCACCUCACAGAGCAUGGGAAGACAAAUUUCACUCUUUUAAGCUACCCUAAUGCCGGCCACAGAAUAGAUCCCCCUUACAGCCCUUUUUUCUCUGCAGCCCUGGACCCUGUAUUGGGGGUGCCUGUUUUGGGAGGUGGGCAGCUCAAAGCUCACGCUAUUGCUCAGAUUGAGUCUUGGAAGAAGAUCUUGGAGUUUUUGCACUUGCAUCUAGGGUAACGACUUACAAACUAGAUAGUCAAAUUUAGAAUAUGCUCAGAACAAAUUAGGGGACAGAUGAAUAUAUCUGACAAAUGAAGACGGAGAUCUGGACUUCUCAUGGCAUCUGCAGGCUUUUAAAAGAAGUAAAAAAACUCACUUCAAUUUCAUCAGAGCCUGCAGCUUUGGUACUAUUCAUGUUUUUCCACGUUUGGUUUGUUUGAGCUUGAACUCAAGGUCUGCAACAAGAGCUAGUGGAUCCGAAGCCGUACUCUCUGGUGAACAGCUUUUGGAAUCUAUUUUGUCAUUUUGCAGGGUUUGAAAGAACAAAGAAAGGAUCCAAGUUAUAUAAUUCUUUUUUCUUUCCUUGUCUGAAUUUUUUAUUUUAAUCC